UCAACACCAAAGAGCGAGUUACACUGAGACACAGGACAGGUUUUACUGUAAACACACUAACACAGCUGUUUACACCAGGAAUAAAGUAUUGGAAGCCUAUCAACCUUGACAAAGGAUGACAGACAUCUCACGAUAUCUUGUCGACCAUCUGCUGACGUACUCCCUAGAGGAUGGGGAUGUGCAGAACGUGGAGGAGGCCCAGUUGCGUCUCUCCGUCCUGGCUCAGAACAAAAAGCUGUGGAGUCAACAGAUGUACCUGGAGGUGGGAGCAGAGGCCAUUCACCUCCGAGACACAAAGAGCCAGGACGAGCUGGAGAACUACUCUUUCAAAUCCAUCUACCGUUGCGACGCCAUAAACACAGAGGAACACUUCCAAUCCCUCCUUCUACUAGUCUGCCAAAGUGCCGAGCAGAAGAAGCCGGACAUUCACUUCUUUAACUGCGAGAUUGUUAAGGCAGAGCAAAUCCGUGACGACAUUGUACACGCAGUUUCGGGUUCCUCCACUGGCAGGAGUAAGAAGGUCCCCGAAGCCCUCAGGCUUCCUCGGAGUGGGGGAGAGGUCAUUGACCCCUAUGAAAUCCCGAGCCCCCCAAUCCUGCAUGCUCCACAUCACCCACCGAUCAACCCUCCACCUUACCCUGGACCCAGAGCGAACGGCGGGCCUGAUAUCUCCUUCCUGCGAGCAGAGAGAGAAGUGGGGAUCCUCAACCACUGUUUCGAUGACAUCGAGCUCUUCAUGGCCAAGCUGCAGCAGACGGCCGAGGCUGCGUCGGUGCUAAACCAGAGGAAGAAGAAGAAGAAGAAGAGUAAAAAGCAAAGUGUUGAAGAGGAUUUACUCACCACAAAGGCCCGCCCGCCGCCAGAGGAGGAAUUCAUCGAUAUCUUCCAGAAAUUCAAAUAUUGCUUCAGCCUGUUGGCCCGUCUGAAGUCAACCAUCUCCAACCCUUCAUCAGAGGAUCUUGUUCACCACGUGUUCAGACCGUUGGAUAUGAUGGUGAGAACUACAGGAGGACCAGCUCUGGCCGCCUCGGUGUCCAGCCCUGCCCUGACCAGCUCAGCCGUGUCCCUGCUCCAAGACAACCUGAGCGAGGAGGAGAGGCAGCUCUGGACGUCUCUGGGUCCCAACUGGACGCUCCCACGCUCUCAGCUCAGAGGGCCUGUAGCUUCAUACACUCCUGUGUUCUUGGACGGUUGGAAGCCGGAAGCCUCGAGGGCAGACGGGCAGGUUUGGGAGGAUCCGGUCGAGUCACAGCACAAACACGAAGCUCUCAGAGUAAAGCAAGAGCAGCCAGUUGGUCCUUCAGACAUCCGAGUCAGCGAUGAAACAGACGGCGGCACGCUCCCACCAGAAUCUGAGAGACUCUACAGCUGCACUUACGACUUCAUAGCCAGGAACAGCACUGAGCUUUCAGUGCAGCAGGGGGAGACGCUGGAGGUGAUUGAAUCGUCCAAGCGCUGGUGGAAGUGUCGCAAUCGGUUCAAUCAGAUCGGAUUCGUACCCUUCAACAUCCUGGAUCCCUUGGCUCACAUAGACAGCCCCAUCCCCCAUAUCCCCCCCAGUGUUCCAGCUGCACCUCCCCUCGCCAGUACAAUCUCCGCAGGCCCACCCAGCUCUCCUGCUCCGACCCAGAACCCCACCCACCCCACCCACCCCACCCAGCGCCCACUCAGCUUACCGCCAUACAGCCAACACAUACCAGCUGCAGAAGACCCAGAAAAUAAAGUCAUGUUGAUGAAUGACGAGCUGCUCCAGAGGCUGACCAAUGGAAAGGCCGGCCUGAACAAACCUCUGGUCAUCCCUCGCUCCUCAGAGACCAACUUGCCUCUGGACUACCACUCUCCUCAAGACGAGGUGGCCGAGUGGCUCCGAGGGAAGGGCUUCAGCGAGCCGACGGUGUCAUGUUUGGGAGUGCUGACAGGCGCCCAGCUCUUCUCCCUCAACAAGGAGGAACUACGAGCUGUGAUUCCAGACGAGGGCGCCAGAGUGUACAGCCAGAUCACUGUGCAGAAAACACUGCUGGAGGAUGCCAGACGGGCCACAGAGCUGGAGGCCGUCAUGGAGAAACAGAAAAUGAAGGUGGAUCUGACAGUGGAGAGCAGCACAUUUUGAGCAGCAGACGUCCACAUCACAAAGAGUUUCAGAUGAAGGAUUGCGUUCUUCUGGUAGUGUCGUCACUUGAGAGUGAACUCCUAAAUUAUUAAUCCUAUUCACCAGAGAACAAAAAUGUGACAGUGACUUCCCAACCUAACUAUUGUCUGUAAAGAGCAGCGUGCUAUUAUGACUUAAUUUCAAAAAAAUGUAAGCUUUCUAAUGGAAGCAGGCGCUAUGCAAAUUAAAUAUUUUAACAUUAAAGUACACUAUUUGUAAUGUAAUGUCUUUGUUCUCAUUUCUGCUUUGUAGGUAAGGAUUAACUUAAAUGAAAUGUAUUUAUCUGUUUGUAAACUUGUCUAAUAAUUCAACCAUGAUUAAUAAGAAAGGCCAGCAGACAAUAAAAAUUGAAAUGGUGAUUUUUUUUUUUUUAAUUGAGACUUUAAAGAAAGAUUUCCAGCAGAAACAUAAACAGAUAUGACUUCACACAUUGGGUAAAGCAAUGCAAUCCAUUAAAAUCUGUUCGUAAUUAUAAAUCUAGUCGGAGGAGUUUGUCCAAAUUGGGCCAACGUAAAGACUAAUAAAGUUAUGUACAGUUAUAGCACUGAAUUUCCAACGUAUCUUUUCUGAACGUACUGCUUCACAUGUCGACACAAACUUUUGAAGUUACAAUUUGUUUUAAAUAAAAAGGAAAUCAAGACAGAAACAAAUAAUAAAACAGGAGCCUUGCCACCAAUUCAGUUCAAAACAAUCAUUUACUUAUACUGGCCAAACUCUCAAUCACACAGAUUCCCUUCACUACCGGCAGCAUAACAUAAAAAUUGGUUAAAAAAAAAUAAUAAGUGGACAACGGGAAACAGGUUGAGACUAAUACUCGCAACUUUAAAACCUUUUGGUUUUGAA